AUGGCGAGUGUUAUCAACCCUCUGUUUAUGGAAUUAUCAGAUCAAGCGAAUCUUCAAGCGGGCGAAGUUCCAACUGCGGGCAGGGUCGAAGUUCGCUUGUCCCGUGUUUCUCUAGAACUCGACGGUAGAUUGAUCCUGGACGAUAAUCUCAUUUACCCUACGAGGACUUUAUUUGUCGUCGAGGUCCCUUCCUCGAUGUUCCCAGCACCGGAACAGCAGAGUCACUACCUUUACACUCAGAUCUCGUCGAAUCUCAUAAACCUCAAUAUCGGCCGUGACGAUGGGAGACGACACGUCAUAGCCUCGAAAAUCACGUCUUUCGCAGCGCAACGGCCGCAGGGGUACUCCAUCGUGGCCGUGUUGGGUACGUUAGUAUGGGUACAAUCAAUCAACCAAGGAAUCGAUUAUGAGGUCGGCGAUGAUGGUCAUGAGGACUCGGCAGUAGCCGAUGGCGGCGAGCCAACAAGUAAUACUACUCCGAUCGACCAGUUGAUGGAGAAGGGUGGCUUUGUUGCCAGCAAGGAGGAGGCCGAUGACUUGGGUACUUGCAGCAUAUGUUUGGAGGAUUUUUCAUCGUCGGUCGGGGCUGAGCUUCUUCGCACGUAUUGCUCUCAUAUUUAUCAUCGAGAUUGCAUAAUGCCAUGGUUGGCUAAGUCCAAGAAUGCGUGUCCAUCAUGCCGAGCCAAGCUCAUGCAUUGA